AUGGAUAAGAGAAUUUUAACUAUUAAAGGCUCUAACUAUCAAAAAUGGUAAGACAUACAAUUAAAAUUACAUAAUAUGGAUUUCGCCUGUCUUUUAUAACAAAUGAUAUAUUUGUACUCCAACCUAAUUCUUUUAAUAAUGGUAGAAACUUAGCAAUUUUUAGGUUCGAUUCAUCUAAUAAAUAGUUUUAUUUUUUCAUGAAAUCCCAAUUUUAGGAAGAAAACACCAUUGCUAUUCAGGGUUUCCAUCAGUUUAUAUUGAAUCUAAGAAUCUAUCGAUUGUAAAAAUUGCGAGUAUAUAAAUGUAAUAAGAGCUGUGCCUUCUGAGCAUAUAUUUACAUCAUAUUAAUCAAUAGAAUUUUCAAUUGGAUAUUUAUUUGGAAGCCAAAGCAAUGAUGGAAAUUUAUUACUAACUUGGGAUAUGGAAUCAGCUCAAAUAUACAUCGGAAGGCUUAUUUCUAAAAAUGAAAACUCUUUAUAAAUAUUUUAAAUUUAUAAUUGAAUUCGAAAGAAUUUGUUUUAGGAUAAAAUGCUAAGAAACAAAUAUCAAACAAAUAAUUUCUUACUAGAAAUUUGCUAAUCCUUCAUUAAUUUAAUCAAAAAGUUCUAAGUAAAAAAAUAUAUAUGAAAAUAUCAAAAUGCAUUGA